AUGCGUUUCACUCCCUCAAACUUGCUGUCUUUACUGGCAGUGGGAGCCAUCCUCCAGCCCGUCGUUGUUCCUAGGGCAAUUACUACUGGACUUAUCAAUGGAAGAGAUGAAUCCGGCUUGACCAAGUGUGAUGUUACUCUCGGUUGUGUGGAUGAGACCAUCCAGACACCCGAUUUAGAAGAUCAUGCGGUUAUCCCAGCCCUUCAAAAGAGAAAGGGAAGAAGGCCUGGAAGUAAUAAUAGGCCCAACAGGAAUGGUCAUGGAAAACCUAGCAAGCCAGCUACCGAUCCUACCUCAAGCCCAAAACCAGGACCAACAACAAAACCAUCUUCUGUCUCGACUACCCAGCCAGCAAAGACUUCCUCGACAACCUCAAAAGCGGAACCAACUACUAGCUCCAAGGUACACUCAUCCACCAGCUCAAAGGUUGUCUCUAACACCCGAACAACAUCAUCCGCAACCUCUUCUCAGUCAACGUCAGCAUCAACGUCCAGGACAGCGUCAACUACCAAGUCAGUCACAAGCUCAGCAACAACUUCGAGCUCGCAGACAUCUGCGCACUCGACAUCUAGUGCCCAUUCCACAUCUAGCUCAGGAGAAAACUCUUCUAUAAAAUCGGAGGAACAAUCAGCCACCCCCUCAGAGACACCGUCUAUAACAAGCUCAACUUCCACGAUAAAGCCUACCUCUGAGGCCGAGUUAACUACAACCUCCGAAGAAACAUACACAACCACAAAGUCUGGCGUUACCGCUGUUCCCACAUCGUCUGAGAAAGGGUCGGCCACCAGGUCUGAAUCUGCUACGACUGAUUCGUCUUAUACCCCUGUACCCACAUCCUCGGAGACAGACGUAUCUACCAGUUUAGAUGAAUACCCAGCCACAGAAUCAGCUUCAACACCCGUAUCUACAUCUGAAUCUGAACCCACGACUACCGUAGACAGACAUACAACUACAAAAGAGUCUUCGACACACGUCCCUACAGAAACAGCAUCACGUACCAGUUCGGAGACAGACCCAACAACAGCUUCGACCCAAGAACCAACAUCAACAAUUGAGCCAGGACUAAGCCAUGGCAGGACUGAUAACAAGAACACCAGCAUACUGAGUUGGGAAGAGUAUAUGAGAGAUGGAUUGAACGCACUUAAUCGUUUCAAAAAUGCGAUUCAAAACAAGGAGCCGGAUUUAGAAGCCGGUAAUUUUGAGGACAAUUAUAAAAUCGAGCAUGACAACAUAAUGAUCGGCGAACUGGUCAAAAACGACGGUGGAAAAUGGAAUCUCUGGAAAGCAACAGGACUUGACCAGUCAGCACUAUACGAGGGUGUCUUUGUGAAGCCAAUGACACCUAAAUCGGAUCGUGACGUGGUCUCUGAGAAUUAUUAUAACAAGGCUGCUAGAACAAUGGUCAUCGCUAAUAGCGACAUCAACCUUGAUAAUACAGCGGACGAUAAAAAACUGCGAUGGUCCGAGCUCACUUUCCAAGGCUGGAAAAAACUUGCUGGCGACGAUGCGAAGAACCUUCGCUGGGUUAUCCGGAACAAUGUCAUUAACCCGGGAACCGUUGCGACAGUGAAGAAUGCCAUCGAAUUGACGAACCAAAAUCCCAACAAGCGCGCAGAAUUUAAGCUCGAUGCCAGUAACAGAGAGCUAAAUGAUGCAUUUGUUGCUCUAGCUGGAACUGUGAAUGUUAAAGGAGUAAUCCACAUGCUUGCAGACCAUCACAACGAUAUGGGAGGACUUGGGCUUAAGAAGAUACAUGCCUUUGGACCACACAAACUCCUCCUAGAACUUGGGCGGAAGCUUACUUAG